AUGGAUCCAGUGACUCUAGCCGCAGGCAUUGGAGGCGUUGCCCGCCUUGCUGCCAGUAUUGGUCAAGCUCUUUUCAACCUUUGUGACAGUGUCAGCCUUGCGACCAGAGAAUUUGAAGUCUUCAGUCAAGAGGUCAACACCUUUGCUACUGUCUGGAUUGUAGUCCAACCAUGCCUGACCGAUCCCAGCGUCACCCUCUCGGGCCCUUUGAUCAGGGCAAUUGCCCGUAUCGUAAACGAUACUCGAACUAUCCUAGUGGAUCUUCGGGCAACAGUGGCUCUGUUCAGCGAUGAGAAUGAUACAGAGUGUAAGGUGAUGCAGAGCAAAUUUCUGCGCAUCACCACCUCUCCGGAAGAACAGCGACAACGCCGCCUCGAAAAAUUCUUGAAGCGAAGCAAAACAGUUUUACAACGAAGUCAAAUCAUACAGAGAAGAGAGAGUUGA